UAGAUGCAAUGAUCUGUGGAUGUAUAUUUGCUUUGACCAAUGGAAUGAAUGUCUUUUUGUCUGUUUUUUUAAUAGUGAGACCAAAGAUAAUCUCUCCCUCUCUCUCUCCCUAUCUCUCUCUUUGCCUCUCUCUCUGCCCCUCUCUCUCUCUCUCUCUCCUCUCUUCCCUCUCUCUUCCCUCUCUCCCCCUCUCCGUUCUCUAUCAGGUGUGAGAUUACGACGCGAGAGUAUUGCACUUUCAUGCACGGCUACUUCCAUGAGGAGGCGACACUGUGCUCACAAGUGCAGUGUUUAGAUGACGUGUGUGGCCUGCUGCCGUUCCUCAAUCCAGACGUCCCAGACCAGUUCUACAGACUCUGGCUGUCUCUCUUCCUACACGCUGGGCUCCUGCACUGCCUGGUGUCGGUGGUCUUCCAGAUGACCAUCCUGCGUGACCUUGAGAAGUUAGCCGGCUGGCAUCGCAUCUCCCUCAUCUACGUCCUCAGCGGCAUCACAGGCAACCUGGCCAGCGCCCUGUUCCUGCCCUACAGAGCUGAG